UAAAUCUAUCUAUUGACAACUUCUUCUUCUCUCUCUAUAUCUCUCUCUCCAUAGACCGCGAUUUCAGAAGGCUGUCUGUGAAACGCGAGAUGGCGAUCGGCAUAAUGGAGGUGCUUCUGGUGAAUGCAAAGGGUUUGAAGAACAAUGAAAUUUUUGGUGGUGGAAUAGAUCCGUACGUGGUGAUGAAAUAUAAGACUCAAGAACGCAACAGCAGUGUUGCACGAGGAUCAGGUAGUAAUCCAGAAUGGAAUGAAAAAUUCAGUUUUAGGGUGGAGUACCCUGGUGGAGACAAUAACUACAAGCUCAUCCUGACGGUAAUGGAUAAAGACACAUUCUCCGCGGAUGACGCUCUUGGCCAAGCGACCGUAUACUUGGAAGACCUUUUGGCGAUGGGUGUGGAAAAUAAUGGUGUUGCGGAAAUGCACCCGCGUAAGUAUAGUGUGGUUUCGUGUGACCAAAGUUAUUGUGGGGAAAUUCAAGUUGGCAUAAGAUUUACCCCAAAGAUACAACACCAAACUGAUGGUGAGGAAUAUGGUGGGUGGAAAGACAGUGAAAAUUAAAUAUUUUAUGGAACCAUGUCACUCUCUAUUUCUUCUUUGUUUUCUUUCCCCCUUCAACUCCACUAAUUGGUUUAAAUUGACUUUCUUAGUUUUGAUAAAUGUAAAAUAUUGUUUUGUAUUUUCUUGGAUAUCCUCUUGCAACAUGUUUAAAAUUAAUUUAUUUUUCAAUAUGAUGUAGAAAAUAACAUGUAAAAUAGUCAUCAGAUCAUGUAAAAUUAAUUGAUUUAUCUA